GAGAUCCAGCUGGUUGAGUCCAGGCGAGUCACUCAGUCCGAGCGGAGAGGAGAGGGGAGCGGAUGAGGAGAUACAGCUGCUACUCCGCGAUAAACAGCUUUAAAGGACUCCUUUUCUUCUCAGCCGUGAAGGUUCAGCAGUGUGUCUAGUCCCCUGUGGUGAAUCCAGUGGCUGGUGAGGCCUGUUUGGAGUUGUGUUCCUGUUCAUUCUGGAUCAGUCCAGCACUCGGCAGCAGUAAGAGGAAGAGGGGAAGCACCAGAAGACAAGCUGGACGGAGCGGAGCUGAGGGAGGGCGAAUGCCCAGCCUUUGUCCUGAGACAUCGGGUUUGCAACGACGGCAACGGUAGCAGCAGUACUCACGACUCCACCUCAGACAGUCAGGACGCCAUGAGCCCAGGCACAGCCUCAGGCACCUCUGACUCUAGCUCGGUUGGCACUACACGGAAUGGGACUGUGCCUGUUAGAAGAAAGGGACAUAAUGAAGGCGAGGAGAAGACGGAGGGAGAGGAAGAGGCGGAGAGGAGUUCGGACGAAGGCUUUAUGGGGAUGACGCCGCUGCUGCAAGCCCACCACGCUAUGGAAAAGAUGGAGGAGUUUGUGCACAAGAUGUGGGAGGGUCGAUGGCGUGUCAUUCCUCAUGACGUGCUGCCCGAUUGGCUGAAAGACAACGACUUUCUCCUGCACGGGCACAGACCACCAAUGCCCUCUUUCAGAGCGUGUUUCAAGAGCAUCUUUAGAAUCCACACAGAAACGGGCAACAUCUGGACCCACCUGCUGGGAUGCCUUUUCUUUCUGUGUCUGGGCAUAGUGUACAUGUUCAGACCCAACAUGUCUUUCGUGGCGCCGUUUCAGGAGAAGAUUGUGAUUGGCAUGUUUUUCCUCGGGGCCAUCCUCUGCCUGUCCUUCUCCUGGCUCUUCCACACAGUAUACUGCCAUUCAGAGGGCGUCUCCCGUGUAUUCUCAAAGUUGGACUACUCGGGCAUAGCGUUCCUGAUCAUGGGCAGUUUUGUCCCGUGGCUCUACUAUUCCUUCUACUGCUCCCCUCAGCCCUGCUUUAUUUACCUGAUAGUGGUGUGUGUCCUGGGCCUCGCAGCCAUCACAGUCUCACAGUGUGACUUCUUCGCCACACCGCAGUACCGAGGAGUCAGGGCAGGUGUGUUUGUUGGCCUGGGGUUGAGUGGAGUGGUACCCACACUGCACUUUGUGAUCACUGAGGGCUUCCUCAGGGCCACCACUAUGGGCCAGAUGGGCUGGCUCUUCCUCAUGGCUGCUCUCUACAUCACUGGGGCCUGCCUUUACGCCGCACGCAUUCCUGAGAGAUUCUUUCCUGGCAAAUGUGACAUUUGGUUUCAUUCGCACCAGCUGUUCCAUAUCCUGGUGGUAGCAGGGGCCUUUGUCCACUUCCACGGCGUCUCCAACCUACAGGAGUUCCGUUACACAGCUGGAGCGGGCUGUGCGGAGGACAGCGCUCUGUGAGCCUGCGCUGCGGUGCCAGCGCGCACCACCAGGGGGAAAUAAAAACUCCCCUUACCACCACCGCCAGUAACAACUCUGUCCCUCUCACCUGCCUCGCUAAGCCACAGAAGGCGACACUGAACCACAAGAUUUCUGUUUUUCUCUCUGGUUUCCAUUUUUGUCAUUUGUUUUAAUUCUCUGUUUGUUUUUUUUUCCUUCGUUCUUCUCACUUUAUUUUCCCACUUCUUCGAAUAAAAUGCAUCAAGUGAUUCAGUGGACACAGGUUGAGGACGGAUAGACGAGACGCAGAAAAAUCGAAACACGAGUUCCUUUCUUAAGAUUUGCAAAGAGACACUUUUUGGCUUGAUCACAUGCUGUUUGAAUUAUCUUGCAAGAGGAAACGACCAUGGGGUGUGAAACAGUUUGUGUGAGGUUUUCCAUUUAAAGGUGCAAAUGGUUUUAACUGUUAAAAAAAAAAGUUUUUCAUGUAAAUAAGAUUUCUAAAUUUGGGUAAUAGAUUUAUACAAACAUAUAAAAAUAAAAAAAUAAUAAAUAAUUAUAUCAUAGUAUUGUUAAAUUGAAAGAGAAGGGUGAUGGAAAAAUAGGUCUACCUAAUGUGACCUUACUGUCAGAAGGAGGAAAUAAAACAAGAAGGGGUUGAAAAUAAGAAAAAUAAGCAGAAAGCGUGGGAGGAAGCAGGGUUUAGAGUGAAGUGAAUGACCAGAGGCUCCCCAAACACAGUGUAGCCUGAGCUACAGAUGUGAUUGUGGUGUCAUGUGGAGUUAAGGAGCUGUCCGGGCCUUCAGCGAAUGAUCCUACAACCUGCCAGGGAUGCAGUGAGGGAUCCUUUUGGGGAACAAGCCCUGGAUUAGUACAUCAGAUCACUAUAGAUAGAGAAGUGUGGCAGAAAAGGCCUCGGCCCUUGCGAGUGUCCACUGGUAGGGCAGAGUGUUUCUGGAAAAGCCAUAGGCCUGAUCAAAGGCCAGAACAGAAACUCACUACACAGGCCUUAAAGAAACCGUUUCUGGCUCUCUUUCGUACUCGUUUUCGUUAACGUGCUCCCUACAUGCAGGAAUUCAUGCAUGUUAACAGGACCACCCUUUAUAUCGUUAUUGAUUCCUUCUAAGGGGUGUCGAAGACCCUAGAGAUACUGAGAAACAUGGACAUGUCUCAGCAUUGAUCUACAGUAUACAUCAAUUUAUUUUUUCUCCUUCAGUGCUUCAAUUUAGUUGAUUUUUUUUAAUAUUGAUUUGUUUCCCCCUCACUCUUUUAAUGACCUUGCUCUCACAGUGCAAGAAACAAAAAAAUGGGCUAGUAGUUUGCUUCAGGGUGGCUUUCACUGACCACCCGCCUCGUCCUAACAAAGGAACUAGGAGGAUGAGUGGGUGGAUACUUACAGAUCCACUACCAGGCACUGUGGCUAGCUAUUAGGAAUCACUAAACAUGUAUAAGACGAUCGCCAUAGCCUGGGUUGGAUAGGAACCUGUUCAUCCAACAGUGGCGGUCACACAAACAUGGGAACUCUGGGUAGCGUGGGUUUUCUGUCUGCAAAAGCCUGACGGGACGGGACACCCACUCAGGGGAAUUUUAAUAUGACGUUUUAUAAGAUCAAAGGCCAUGGUGGACAUGGUGAGCAGUAACUGCCAUAUCUGCUCCUCUGUUUGUUUCACAUCUAAACAUCGCUUGACGCCUCUGCUCAUAUUUCCAGCUCAGUCCGAGUGGGGGGGGCUGGAGAGGGCCUGUCAGACGCAACGCAGGACAUUUAGUACAAAACUCGGGGAUCAGCUUCACGCGCUCUUCAGCCUUGCUUUGUCGUCAGAGACACAAGUGACAUCAUCUACUCUUAUCAGUCCACUCUCGUGCUGACUGUACCAGCGGACUGUUGGCGUCGACAGCUCUGGGCCCCAUUUUACCACCAACACAAGGCCUUGAUUUACUGCGUUAAUGAGUUGAAUUUGUUUCGAGGGGCGGGGGGGCUCUUUCUUUUUCCUUUGUUAUGAUUAAUUUAUUAUUGAUGUGUGAGAGGUGCAUACUCUGUCGUCAAAGCACAGAAGUUCUGAGUGUCCGCAGUAGAAACUUUAUAUCUGCUGUAUUGUUCUAAUAAAAGGUUUUUGAAUUCUAA